AAAGAAACCCUUCAUUUUCAGGAGAAUCAAAUGAACCCAUCCAUCUUCGAGAAGCUACGAAGAAUGCACCUAGAUUUUCGUCUUCCCCUUUGAAUCUUGUAGGAGUAUUACAUUUUAUUCCCACAAAAUCUCUCUGCAAAAACCAAAUUCACCUCUCUCUAUUUUCCAUGGCCAAGACUCGACCUGGAAAACGUGACUUGGACUCUUACACCAUUAGACGCACCAACAAAAUUGUCAGAGCUGGAGACUGUGUGUUGAUGCGACCAUCAGAAGGCGAUACGGCUCCAUAUGUGGCACGUGUAGAAAAAAUUGAAGCUGAUAACCGCAACAAUAUAAAGGUGCAUGUUAGAUGGUAUUACCGGCCAGAGGAGUCACUGGGAGGGCGGAGACAGUUUCAUGGAGCAAAGGAAUUAUUCCUGUCUGACCACUACGAUGUCCAAAGUGCCCACACUAUAGAUGGGAAGUGCAUUGUUCACUCUUUCAAGAACUAUACUAAGCUUGAGAAUGUUGGUCCGGAGGAUUACUACUGCCGGUUUGAGUAUAAAGCGGCAACCGGAGCUUUUGUGCCAGAUCGUGUUGCAGUGUAUUGCAAAUGCGAGAUGCCAUAUAACCCAGAUGAUUUAAUGGUACAAUGUGAGGAGUGCAAGGACUGGUAUCAUCCAGCCUGUGUGGGCCUGACUAGUGAACAAGCUAAACAAAUAGGUGACUUUGUUUGUUCCGACUGCUCAUCCGAAGAUCUGAAGAAGUCUCAUAAUACUUAUGCUGCAUCCCCUCUGUCUAAUGGCAAGGUUGAGCCGAAGCGCCAGAAGAGGUAGGCGUGCUGUAGUAAGAUGGAUGAAGCUAGUUUUCUUUUGGAUUUUGUACAGUGCAGUGAACUGGAACUAUGUUCUUUGCAUAGAUUAGCUGGUAUCUGUUAUGUCUUCCUUAUCAGUAGUUCUUGUAUGUACUAGAUUGGAAGACAGCUCUUUAAAAAUACUCUCUUAGAUUAACAAGACAGUCUUUUGAAUUUGAAUCCGACAUUUAGUGUGAAAGCAUCGACAUGUCAUCUUACUAUGCUUA